CACGCGGCCCGCGUCACGUGCUGCGCGCCGGCCAAUGGGAGGCGAGCGCGGGCCGUGCGGACGCGGUGCAGACGAUGGCGUCGCGGCUCCCGCUCGGCUCCCGCGGCGCCGCGGAGUUGGCGGCGCGCCGCGUCGCGGCCGCCAUCGACGAGCUGCUGGCGCGCAGUCUGUCCGAGGAGCGGCGAGCCGUCGCCUCGGAGCUCCUCGUAGCGACCAUAGUGAGAGGUCUGCAGGAAAAUGUGACGAUAAACGGGAAGCUGUGGCAUGAAAUUCCUGAAGUGGAAGAUCCCCUGCAAGAUAUGGACAUGGCGAGCUUGGAUAAGACUCGGAACAAUCACAUUACGACCGUGGCCGGCAAGCGACGGCGCUACCCCAAGCGGAUCAUCAAGCACUUUGUCCGGGAGCUGAAGGCUGAGCGAGAGUGUCUGAAAUUGUACCAUCCUUAUCUUCCAAAAAGCCUGAAGAAUGAAUGCAACACAGUUGUGUGUGGCGAGUCUGUAGACGAUGCUAAGCACAAAGAGCUGAGUGAGCGGGUGGCGAGCGUCUCUACGGAAACAUCGGCCCUCAUGAAGUUGCUGCCCUCCAUGCUGACAAAAGUGGACAAUCUCUGCAAGGCUGUGGAGUCGAUGAACGGCAUGGGCACGGGCGGCACCAACACGAUCGUGCACUCGCCCAGCGUCGAGGUGACCCCCGUGGGAGAGGCUCACGCGGGGUUGCAGCUCCCCGGCACGCCCCUCAAGGUGUCGGCGGAGCGCCACAGCCUUCUCCGCCCACGGGCGCAGCCCGAUGAGCAGCGGCGUGUGACGCUGCGCCGCAGACUGGCAGUGGAUAUGUCUCCUGAGUAGCCCACGGUGUAUUUUGUUGUUUGAACAGCCCACCUGUAUUUUUUCUCAUGUUUUAGCUUUCCGUCAUUGUAAAAUAAAUACACCAUUAAAACAAACCUGCAUGUUCACAGCUGGGUAAUGUUUUUUGUAAUUAUAAAGCAGAAUCAUUUGUAUAGUUUUCCAUUUUCUUUUUAUUUCUACUAAAAUAUAAUUGAACAAUCUUGCUAGAGAAUGCUGAGGUUAUCUUAGACCAGUUUGCCAAAGCGGAGGCAAAGGUAGGGUCAGAUUAAGUGAUUUACUCAAUCGGAACACGUUUGUGGGACUCUACUGGAGCUGCUUGCAGUGAUAACUCCUCUGACCCUGGCCGGAAGAGUCGGUAUGCUUUGCAUAUACAACACGACUGGUAUGCUUGCAGAGAAAAUCUCGUCAAUGCAUCAAAUGUGGGGACUGUCACGAGAAGUGUUAAGAGACCCUGGAUUAAAUUCGUGUUCUUGGAAACA